AAAUACCCAUGCCAACCACCUCCUAAUACUCAAACUCCACAACACUCUCUACCCCAUUUCCUCCUUUCCAAAAUCUUAGACCACCCCAUUUCCAAUUCUCCAAAUCUUGAGCACCCAACAAGCCAUGGCUGCUCUGAACUCUGGCAUUUGCAGCAAAAAGUUUCUCUCUCUAUCUGCAAACACUUCAACACUUGAAAAAAAUGGGAGUUUUGUUCGACCUUUUUGUUUUCCAAUGGUUAGAGAGAGAACCCAUGUGAGAAAACAGAUCAAAACAAGGCCCUUAAUGGCGGUUCUAAGUCAAGAUGUUAUUACUCAGCGUGCUGUGAGAGCUCUUACUGAGAAACCAGUCAUGUUUAAGGUUAGGGCCCUGGUCACUAUCAGGAGGAAGAAGAAGGAGGAUCUGAGAGAAACAAUUGAGAAUCAUUUGGAGGCUCUCUCUGAUAAUUUGGGGAAGAAGAUUGUUCUUGAGCUUGUUAGCAAUGAGAUUGAUCCCAGUAAGUUUUUUGAGGACUUGUACUUGGGAGUUCUGUCUUUCUGGGGCUUUGGUUUAACAGUUGGUAGUGAAAAAGUCUCUCUCUCUCUAACAUCAUGUUAUGGGAACUUUUGGACAGAUAUUUCAGCAGAAACCCGGGUGGAGAAGCCACUUCCCAUUUAUGUUCCAAGGGAUGAAGCUUUCGAGGAAACAAAACAGGACGCAUUCUCAGCUGGAAGGCUUAAGGCUGUUCUCCAUAACUUAAUACCCGCACUAUAUGCCAGCAUAUCCAGUGACAACUCUGAGUUCAAGGGCUUCUCUGAGAUUGACCGGCUCUACCGGGAAGGCCUUCUCAAAUUCAAUUUACAAGAUGAAAUCUUAAAGAAGCUUCCCCUCCCCAAAGUUGUCAAUGAUAUCAAGGAGUCUAGCCAGGGCCUACUAAAAUAUGACACCCCAACCAUUAUCUCAAAGGAUAAGUUCGCUUGGUUACGAGACGAUGAGUUUGCACGCCAAGCUUUGGCGGGAAUCAACCCUGUGAAUAUUGAGAAGCUUGAGGUGUUUCCAUUUGUUAGUAAAUUGGAUCCCAACAUCUACGGUCCACCAGAAUCUGCCAUUACUGAAGAACAUAUUAUUGGCAGUCUUAAUGGGAUGACUGUGCAACAGGCGCUCAAUGAAAACAAAUUGUUCAUUCUGGAUUAUCAUGACAUUUACAUGCCAUUCUUGGACAAGAUAAAUGCUCAAGAUGGGAGGAAAGCAUAUGCUACCCGUACUAUUUUCUUUCUCUCUGCACUUGGAACACUGAAACCCAUAGCCAUUGAGCUCUCUCUUCCAACUCAACCGAAGCGAGUUCUCACUCCUCCUGAUGAUGCAACCUCUUACUGGUUGUGGCAGCUUGCCAAAGCUCAUGUCUGCUCAAAUGAUGCUGGAGUUCACCAACUUGUCAAUCACUGGCUACGAACACAUGCGUGCAUAGAACCAUUCAUUUUGGCCGCCCACCGCAAAAUGAGCGAGAUGCACCCCAUAUUCAAGCUCCUACAUCCACACAUGCGCUAUACACUUGAGAUCAAUGCGCUCGCUCGCCAGACCCUAAUCAAUGCAGGUGGUGUGAUCGAGUCAUGCUUUACUCCUGGUCAAUAUUGUAUGGAGUUGAGUGUAGAGGCCUACCGAAACCAUUGGAGAAUCGACCAAGAAGGCUUGCCCACUGAUCUUAUCAGAAGGGGAAUGGCAGUGAAGGACCCCUCCCAGCGCCACGGCCUCCGGCUCCUCAUCGAGGACUACCCCUACGCGACUGACGGCCUUCUCCUAUGGUCCGCCAUCGAAUCCUACGUCAAAGAGUAUGUCUCAUUCUACUACCCCAACCCUGCAUCAGUCCUCUUUGACACAGAGCUCCAAUCGUGGUACUCUGAGGCCAAGAAUGUAGGCCAUGCAGACCUCUCAGAAGAGCCAUGGUGGCCCAGCCUCACCUCUCCUGCUCGACUUGUCUCUCUUCUCACCACCCUCAUUUGGCUUGCCUCCGCCCAACAUGCAGCACUAAAUUUUGGCCAGUACCCCUAUGGGGGUUACGUACCCAACCGCCCCCCCUUAAUGCGUAGACAUGUUCCAGACCCUAAAGACCCUGAGUACCUGUGCUUUGUCUCUGACCCACAAAAAUAUUUUUUGUCGGCCUUGCCUAACUUGCUUCAAUCUACUAAUUUUAUGGCUGUGGUAGAUACCUUGUCAACCCAUUCAGCCGACGAGGAGUAUUUGGGCCAGCGCCAGCUCCAGGGUCUUUGGUCCGGUGACCCUCGGGCUUUUGACGCAUAUAGGAAAUUCUCCGCAGAGGUGCAGAGAGUGGAGAGGGUGAUACAAGAGAGGAAUGCUGACAUGAGAUUCCCAAACCGGUGCGGGGCUGGAGUUUUGCCCUACGAGCUUCUCAUACCGAGCUCAGGGCCUGGGGCCACAGGUCGGGGUGUGCCAAAUAGUGUGUCUAUAUGAGGGGAUCGUAUGUUAGUUGCUCUUGUAUAAUGUAUAGAUAGAGGGGUGAUUCAUUAUGGUAAAUAUGGCUAAUUGUAGUGAUUAUUUAUUCACAAGGUGUUGGUGGCUUGGCAAAAGACCAAUUCACUCUUGUUAAAAGAUGUAUAUCUAAUUGUAGGAUCUUGAAAGUCAGUUAUAAUUGAAUCAAAAGAGUUUCACAUUCUUGUUAUUAGUUGCCCCAAAACUCAUGUUCUUUUCUUGUUUCCUCUCUCUCUUGUUAAACAAUGUAUAUCUAAUUGUAGGAUCUAUUUAUUGAAA